CCUGACGUGCUGUCACAACCGUGCAUGUGUGGCCAGUAGCAAGUGGUGUCGGGUCGGCUGUCGAGUGGUAGUUUCAUCUAAGGUGAUCAGCUGAAGAUUAAACAUGAGCCCGGCGGCUGGAGAGGAACCAAAGGUGAACCGUGUUCAGCGGGGAAUAAGGGCCAUUCUUCUGGGUCCCCCCGGAGCAGGGAAAGGCACACAGGCACAUAAACUUGCUGACCACUACAAUGUCUGUCACUUAGCAACAGGUGACAUGCUGCGAGCCAUGGUGGCAAGUGGAUCAGAAUUGGGACAGAAGUUAAAACGAACGAUGGAUGCUGGCAAAUUAGUCAGUGAUGAAAUGGUUGUUGAAUUGAUUGAUAAAAACCUGGACAGCCCAGCCUGUAAAAAUGGAUUUCUCUUGGAUGGAUUCCCACGCACUGUGAAUCAAGCAGAGAUGUUUGAUAAGCAACUGGAAAAAAGAUCUGAGAAGCUGGAUUCUGUGGUGGAGUUUAAGAUUGAAGAUGACUUGCUGAUUAGCAGGAUCUGUGGCAGGCUGCUUCAUCAGGCCAGUGGACGCACCUACCACAAACUGUAUAAACCACCUAAAGUCCCAAUGAAAGAUGAUGUAACUGGUGAACCUUUAAUACAACGCUCGGAUGACAAUGAAGAGACAUUAAAAUCUCGUCUAAUCGCUUAUCAUACCCAAACCAAGCCUCUCAUUUCCUAUUACCAAAAGAAGGGGCUUCAUACAGCAAUUGACGCUGCACAGUCUCCUGAAGUUGUUUUCUCUACCAUUCUAGCUGCAUUCAGUGGAGCUACAUGGUAAACGAAUGAGGAGUACUCAGUGGUUAAAAUCGAUGUCUGUCUGAAUUUUAUUAAGGAGCAUUCAGUCAAAAAGUAUCUAAGUUCACAUUGAACGGACUGAAUCUUGGUGAUUGCUGUGCCAAAUGAUGGCCUAAGGUGACUGUUGAUCAUUUUGGUAUAUCCUUAAGUCUUCUAAAUGUUUUCAUGCUUCCUUUAGCUUUGUACUUCACAAGAAAUGAUGUUCCAAUUGGAAAUUUGCUACUUUUAUUGUAAACUGGAUCCUGAAUUGUGUACAAUAUCCACAUAUGGAACAAUUCCCCAAUCUGCCUAUGUUCCUCUAUCACAAAUUAGGAUAAAUUGGCCAUUACGAGCAAAUGAAGAUCAUUGCAGUUUGUGACAAAGCUCAUUGCUCUCAUCUCUUAAAGUUUUUAAAAAUCAAUUCUUGACUAGAUUUAAAUAAAAACAUUCAUUUAGAAAUUGUAACUUUUUGAAAAAGCUACAUGCAAAAAGAGAUGUAUUACCAAAUUAUCUCUCAAACAGACAUCAUAGCAGUAGCUCCUUUACAUUCAAAAUAAUUUUACAGAUUUUGAUGUAAUAUCAAAUCUAGUAAGACCUUGAAACAAAGUAUUCACAUGUUGAGCUACUUUCUAAAGUACAAUUUACCAAACUCAAUCAAAAUUCAGUUCCAUUUCAAGUGAGUCCCGAGUCUACACAAGUAGUUUAGUGAACAUUUUUUUCCACAAGUUUAAUGCAGUGAAUAUUUCUCUCUGGCUCUGGUUUACUAUUGCUAGCAUAGCUGUAAAAUUUUUGAUUAGUACACUCUAGAAGAAUCAACGAAAUAACUUGUAUUGGAUUCUCUUUAGCUGAAAAGUGGCGGCUUGGUCUAACCUGAGCAAGAUGACCCGUCUAUCUUCAUCUUGACUGGAACUUCUGAUCAUCUCCCUCCCAAAUUGUCUACAAGGACUGUAUGAUAGUUAACAAUGUUGUAUUUGCUUAAUUUUUAAAGAACUUACAAUAGUAAAACUAAAGUAGCUAUGCUAAUAUCUGAAGUUUAAAACAAAACUGGAAAACAUACAAGGUCAGGCAGCAUAAUUGGAGAGAACAGUUGCCAGUUUGAACAAAUUUGAGAUUUCAACUGCUUGUCUUCUCUGCUGGUGCUGAAUUGUGUUCCUAGUUUUCCAAUUUUUUUUAUAUAUAAGAGUAACCCCCUUUUCUCACCCCCCCCCCCCCCACAACUAAAUCCAAAUUUGUUGUAGUGACUUGGUUAAAUAUUUGUAAAAAAAACUAAUCUAGGUGCCCACCUUAUUUUGAGUUUAAUUUUAUUUUUUUAAAGAAGCGUCAAUGGCAUUAGAUUGCUCUUAGUAUCCUAUUCUAAGGGCCUGGAGUUCUCCCAGGCACCCACCAGCCCCAAGUAGAGUUUUCUCAUCUUCACUAUCAUUCUACUGUACAACUCAGAAUUUGGUUGUUCAGUAAGUUGUACCUGAUUCUGGCAGAUCGAAGGAGUAAAAUUGCUUCUAGCAUAAAUGCAACUUUGAUUGUAUUCGGAGACUCUGUUCCUAAUAUCUACUCCAAUUAAUGUAAUUUGUUCCAAAACUGAGAACAUAAUAUUUUUCUGUAAGUCAGAGACAAUGUUUUGAGAACUUGCUCUGAUGUGUUUUGUAAAAGAGUCAAAAUAAAGGCAAACCAAUGAAGCUCAUUCAUCUUGGAGUAUUCAUAUUCAUUUAAAUAUGUCUCAAUAAAAAAUAACUUUGACACAAUUGAGCUUUGAAAACAUGCCAUUUGCUACAUGAAAACAAUAAGGUCAGUGUAAUUCUAAUACAAUUUCUAAUAACCCAUAAAUUGAACAAUGAUACAAAAACAGGCUAGAAAUCUGAAUCAAAGGCAAAUCCUGGAAAUACUCAGUAGGUCAGACAGCAUUUGUAGACAGAAAUAUUUAAAAAUUCAUUUUGAUAAAUUGUUCCAGAACUAGGAAUAGUUAAAAUAACCAAGUUUUAAGCUGCAAAGAAAGAAGUGAUGAGAGAAUUACAGGGAAACUUAAUGAUAGGGUAGAAGACAGGAGAGAUUAAAUCUUGAGGAUUGAUAGCUCAAGGUAUCAAAAGCUAGAGGAGGUGGAAGUACAGAGUAAGCAUCUGAAUUGCCAAUGAAUAUGAAAGGAAUUUGAAAUGAAAAUGCUGGAGGUGCCUAACUGAGCAAUGAUUUUUUAUUCUACACCCAAAGUAUUUCCACCAUAUAUAUUAACAUUAUUUUAGGGCAUUCAAGAUUAUUAUCUUUGCCUGCCCAAGCACCUGCUCCUCUUUCACCUGAUAGUGACAUCAGUAACUAUCUGACAAAGUCGAAGAUGAAAAGAUUAGUAAAAGACCAUUUGGUCUCCAUCUGAUUCCAGCUUUCUGUACCUGCACCAUAUCUUACUGCAUGUUGUUGUAACUCUGUUAUUGUUUUGACAUAAAAUACUCUCAGUAUAUACUCUUGUAAUCUGCAGGCUUACCUGCCACUGUACAUGUCUUUCAAUGUCUAGCAAGUUGAGAGUCAAUGACAUUGAAAUUUACAGAAGGUUGUGAUCUCAGACUGUUAUUCCUAUGUUUUUGUUUUCCUUUUAUUCCUGGAAAAUUUUUAAAUUGCCUGAUUAUUUCAUUUGCCAAGCUAAAAGCUAAGACUGAGCUAGAAAGUGGAUGGGCACAUCGGGAGCUAAAACCUUGCUGAGAUGGUGAAAUGUGUUUAUAUGAUCCCUUGUAGCUUUAUGACAGCAUUUUCUUCUGAAGCAUGCUAUCAGACUUGAAAUUGCUGUAUAAACUGGUUUGUUGCUGUUGGGGUUUAGUAAGGGUUGCUAGAGCUAAUGAGCUUUUUGUACAGUAUAGAUUUAGAUAUUAAAUGCCUUUUUCCCCUUCAUCCUCAUUAGGGAAUUGAUGUUCAAGGGCCAUGACAAACAGAUCUUUUUUUGGGACAUAUAAUCACCCUUUCCCAAAGGCUCCUUUUCCCUUUUAAAUCAAAUAGCUACACGUGUCAGUAAUUGGUAAUGAUAACCACAAGGGUACCAACCUCAAAGGUUGGAGGGCAUCAAUGACUAAUAUCUCUCAGAAUAUUAAGAAACAUUCCCAUUGUCUUUCUCUUCUAAUCUAUUGCGCAUAGAUAAAAGGUUACAAUUGCAAUAUCUUGAACUUCAAUUUAUUCUUGAAUUUUGAGUUGCUUUCCUUCGUCAAAGCACUCGGAAGUUAAAGAAGAUCUGCACUUAUAUGGCACUUUUCAGAACCUUGGGGUUUUGCAAAGCACUUUGUAGCCAUUGAAGUAGUUUUCAAGUGCAGUCAUGCAACAAUGUGUUUUAAAAGGAUUACCAUUAUUUAAAAUAAAUCUCAAUCUGUAACAUUUAAUGGGAAGGUGGGAGCAGAGCAGAAUUGGUAGUAAAAUGUGAUGUUGAAAAUGUACAUAAUCAUUCAGCUUUGUAAUAUAACAAUUUGAAUAGGGGUUUCAGUUUGGAGCACUAUUAAAUAGGUAGAUGUUGUGAAUGGAAAUGUAUAUUAAGAAGAAAGAUACUUGGGGUAUGAGAUUUUUUUUAGCUUACAAAUAUUAAACCUAGGUAAGGAGAGUUCUUAAAUGCUGUAUAAUUAGUUGGAUGGCAACACCUGGGAGUGUCUGUUUGGAGCAGAUGUAUUUGGUAUUUCUUGCCAUUGUUCCUUCUGACCUCUGCCCACAAUCCCAGAAAUAUCACUAUUUUCCACUUGAUCCCUGUUAUUGUUCUUGUAUUGUUCAAUGGUAUCGUUAUGACUAUUUUUUGAAAGAAAAGUAUAGAGAAGCUUAAUCAGUUUUUGCAUAAAUAACGCCAAUGGAAAAAUCUGUGCCAUUAGUAAAAUAAUUGCCUUUUAUUUAAGGCAAAAUGCAAACUGGAUGCUUUUCAGAGUACAGAUAAGUUUGGUGAUAAGGCAAUUGAUUUACAAUAUUAAUGUUCUGUCACUACAUCUCAGUGUACCAUAUGUUUUUGGGGGGGGGGUGGUAUUUGGUGGUGUGCCAUGUUAUAUGACACACUAAGAUACUUGUGAAUCUCGUCAGUCAAGGACAUCGGGAUGUGAAGAGUAAAUCCUUUCUUCAGCUUAAAAUUUACCUA